AUGUCCACCCAGGCCCCCACCACAACCCGCAAACCCCACAUCCUCAUUUCAGGCGCCAGUAUCGCAGGCCCCGUCCUAGCCUACUGGCUCCACCGCGCCUCCAUAACCACCACCAUCAUCGAACGAUCCCCCUCUCUCCGCUCCGCCGGCCAAGGAAUCGAUAUCCGUGGCCCCGCCCGAGCCGUCAUAUCCUGCAUGGGCCUCGAAUCUCUCAUCCGUUCAAAGGUAACCCAUGAACUUGGUCUCCAAUUCAUAGACAAGAAUGGGGUACCUAAAGCUACAUUUCCGGUUGAGGAAAAUGGUACCUCAUUUACGAGUGAUAUUGAAAUACUACGUGGAGAUUUAGCGGAUAUCUUUUAUGAGAGUACGAAGGAGACGUGUGAGUAUAUUUGGGAUGAUCAUAUGACCGGUUUUGAAGAAACAGAUGAGGGUGUUCUGGUUACUUUCGCGAAAGGGGAACAAAGGACAUUUGAUCUAGUCAUUGGAGCUGAUGGGAUGCGUUCGAAGACUAGGCGUCUUGCUAUCCCCCUCCCAAAUGAUGGGUUGAAAUCAUUAUAUCAAUAUACGACAUACUUUACCAUCCCCAAAGCACCCCACGAUGAUGCAUGGGGAAAAUGGUAUAAUUCUACUCGUGGACGUUUGAUUUUGAUGCGUCCCGAUAAUAUACAUAAUGGUACUACCACGAGAAUAUAUCUCAGUAUCACCGAUCCAUCCAAAACCUGCAAGUUAGUCAAAUACCUCGAGAUGACACCUGAAAAGCAAAAACGUGCUUGGAGGGAGGAAAUGAGUGAUAUGGGCUGGGAAGUGGAACGGCUUCUAGAUGGUAUGGAUGUAGCUCCAGACUACUAUAUGCAAGAAAUUGCGCAAGUGAAUCCACCUCAGUUCUACAAGGGGAAAAUUGCAUUAGUAGGAGAUGCAGGCUACUGCCCGUCUCCUAUCUCGGGAAUGGGAACGAGUUCUGCUAUACUGGGUGCGUAUUAUCUUGCAGGAGAACUAGGAGCUUGUGAAGGGAAUUGGGAAGAGGGACUGAGGAAAUAUGAAGAGAGGAUGAGGCCAUUUGUGGAGGGUGUACAGAAACUUCCUCCUGGUGCUCCGGGGAUUUUAAAUCCGCAGACGGAGUGGGGUAUUCGGGUUUUGUAUGGAAUAUUGGGGUUUGUGUCGUGGACUGGGGUUGCUACGUUAUUGGGUGGGUGGUUUGGGGUUAAUGGGGCGCAGGAGGGUGAUAGUUUGGUUAAGUAUGAGUGGAGUGGGAAUUGA